UGAUAAAAAUAUUGUUAAUGUAAUUUGUCUUUUAAAUUUACAAUUAUAUUUUUUAACAAUUCAUUUGUUUUUUUUUUGUCAUUCAAACCUAAUAAUGUAAAUAGAACUACUUAAUUUUUUUGAAAUUUGCUCAUUUAAACAUGUAGCGAUUAAAUAUAUUUAAAAAUUUUCUUUUAAUCAAUGCUCAAUGAAUUUUUAACAACAUAUUUGACAUGGCUUUAAGACUCUGCGCGGGUGGUUCUCAAAUUAGUUUUUCUGACGAUGUAAAGUGUUGCGUACCUACAUGUGGAGCCACUCGAGAGGGUAAUCGUACUUUACCAUUUUAUACUUUUCCUAGUAAUGUUACACUAUGUAGAGAAUGGGUGGAAGAAAUACAACUUCCUAUUAAUGAUUUACAAAAUUUGCACAGGACUCAUAUGGUGUGUUCGAAACAUUUUACAUCGUUUGAUGGUGGAAUGGUCUUGAACAUAACAAACAAUAUUCUAGAAAAGACAAGUAACAAAAAUAAAAAAUGUGUUGCAUUAAAGUUAAUAAAAAAUUCUGCCCUUACACAAACUUUAGAUUAUAAUUGGUUAAGAAACUUAAAAAAUACUGGUGUAGAAUUAUUAUGUAGCAAAUUUAUCCAAUGUAGAAUUUGUACAAGUGUAUCAGUACAAGCCUUGAAUAUCUAUAGUAAAUGUAAUACAAGUUUAAAAUUAGAAACACUAAUUAACAAAUUAUUACCUAUUAAGGUAAAUGUAAAUGAUACUAAACCAUUAUAUAUAUGUGUAGAAUGUUUAUUAAAGUUAACUCAAUUUGAAGAUGUUUUUGAAAGAUGUAAAAAAAGUGAUAAAAUAUUUAAAUCCUCUUUUGUAAGUAGAACAAAAGAAAAUAUUCCAAUAAUUGAGCUUAGUGAUAAUAGUGAUGAAGAAUCAAAAUCUUAUCCAAAUCAAUCAAAACUAAGUAUAAAUUCUUCUAGAGCUAGUAAUUUUAUUCAAAAAGAAUCUCGAAAACAUAAAAUCAAAAUUCUAAUACCAGGCAAAAAUAACAAAGUUUCUUGUGUUGAAUCAAAGAAGCCAAGCAACAUUACUGACAAAAAUAAAAUAAUUGAAAUUGAAUUUUUAGCAAAUUAUAUUAUAUGUCAUGGCAAAGAAUGGGUUCAUGAAAUCCAUGUUAGUGAAUCACAGUUAAAAUAUAGUCAAAAUACGAUUGAUCAAAUACUUGAAGUUAUCAAAGUUACUAUGAAUAAACAAUGUCAAAAUAAUAAUUCCAAAGUUGUUCCUUUAACCAUUUUACCAUCAUGCCUUGAGAGAGUAGUAUUACCUAAAAAUAGUAUUAGAACAGAUCCUAUAAAUGAUGAUUAUACUAAUCAAAUAAAUGAUGAAAUAAGAAUAAAAGCAGCUGAAAUAUUAAUAAAAAGAAAAUCAAUGAAAAAAGGUUGGAUAUGCAAAAAAUGUGGUUUAAAAUUAGAUAGUAGACAAUUAUUGAUUGCACAUGUUCGGUUCUAUCAUCCAAGGCCUUGCAGAUAUUGUGGAGAACUCAUUACUCCGCGUGACCAACUUUACAAUCAUGAAAAAGAACAUCAAAAACCAUCACCCGAUGGAUUUAUUUGUCAUUUAUGUGGUCGACAUCUUAAAACACAUAAAAGUUUAAAUUUACAUUAUAAACAUCAUAAAAAUAAAGAAAAAUUUUGCUGUAACACUUGUAAUUUACAAUUUAUCAAUGGUUUUGGAUUAAGAAAACACAUUCGACAACAUCAUAAAGAAUUACUUGUGAAAAAAAAACCCGAAGAUAUUCAAAAAGAACGUCAAAAAUGCACUAUAUGUGAUUUAUGGUUAAGCUCACAUUUAGCUUUACAAGUUCAUAUAAAAACCCAUUUACCAAUUGAAGAACGUAUGAAAAUUUGCCCUAAAUGCAACAAGGUAUUCAUUAAUGCACGAAGGUUUAAAAUGCAUGUGGAAACUCAUGGAUCAUGCCCAAUAAAAUGUCCAGAAUGUCCUCGUUCAUUUCCUACUCAAGAGCAUUUAAAUAAUCAUUCCACUUAUCAUAAAUUAUCAGAUCCUGUAUGUUGUGAUAUUUGCCAUCAAUUUUUUAAAACUAAGACAACAUUAAAAAGUCAUAUAGCUAGAAUACAUCAAAGAGUUCAGUAUAUUCAAAAAACAUUUUCAUGUAUUUAUUGCAAAACUGUGUAUGCCAAUAAAGAAGAACUGAAGAAUCAUGUUAAUAAACACACUCCAAAAGAAAAAGCGCUAGCAUUUGCAGGUGAUAACUAUGGCAAAGUUCAAUGUAAUAUGUGCAAUCGAUUUUUUUUGUAUAAAUCACGAUUGACAAUGCAUAAAAUAUAUUAUCAUAGCAAACAAUGUCAGCAGUGUGACAAAUUAACAAAUGAUAACUCUGUUAAUCAUUACUGUAAACCUAAAGGUAGUAGAGCUUUGCAAUAUUGCUGUCAAUAUUGUAUAAAACGUUUUAGCUCAAAACAACGAUUGCAUAUACAUGAACGCACACAUGGUCUUGAUUAUAGAUAUCAAUGUACUAUUUGUAAUAAAUGGUUCACCAAAAUGACAGCGCUUAAAACACACAGUUAUUCUCAUUCUAGUGAAAAAAAUUAUGCCUGCAAUGUGUGUGGAAAGCUAUUUAACUUGAUUACUGCCAUGAAAAAACAUUUAAAAAUUCAUCAACAUAAUGAAAACCAAUGUUUUGAUAACUUGAACUCAGAUAAUGUACUAAAUACAAUAGCAUUACCAAUUACUGUAAAUUUGCCUUCAUCAAAAUCAACAGAAUUGUUAAACAUAACUUCACCUAAUUUUUUGUUAACCACUGAAAAUCAUAAUGAAUGUAUUAAUGUAGUCAGUGACUUAGAAUCUCACCUUAUUUAGCCCAUCAUAUAUUACUGAACACCCUGUAUAAUAAAACAUUGGAAAAUUAUCCUAUGCUAUAAAAAUUUGUUAAAGAUGACCGAUAUUCAAAAUUUAUUUUUUAUAUGAAAGCGACAUUAAUCUAGGAAAAUUAUUAGCGAAGAUAAGAAAAAAGUUUUUAGCAAUCAAUGAGCAUUUAAAAAUUUUGGUCAAAAUGCUAAUUGCCUCCUGCGUUUUUCCAGGCCUGUCCAGAGACAUACCAAAGGUACCCUAAAUAUUUGUUUAUUUUUGACCGAUUUAUGAGCCUUUUUUUUUCUAAGUUCACCCAUAGUUCUUAAUAAGAUAUGAUAUUUCUUUGCACAUGUCAAUUUUGUUUAAAAUUUAUGUUUAUGUAGUUUUCACUAAUAACUCGGCAUUUAUAGAUUGUUUUUAAUGAUUAUUAAGUUUACUUUCGUCUAUCCGUUGUGCUUAGUAAUAAUUAGUAGGUUAUUAUGAAAUAUAAUUGUAAGUAUACUUAAGUAUUUUAUAGUUAUUACUUUUUUAAUUAUUAUUUAAUUUACAAGUGUGGAUUACUUUUCUGUUAAACCACUUCUGGAGUAAUAUUUUCCUGCACAACACUUAUCAUGCCCAGUGCAGCUGGGUACUCCUACCGAAAUCAAUGGCCUUCCUGUAAGGAUGGUUAGAAGGGCCCCGGAUCUGUGGUAUAGCGCCAGCUAGAGAAAGCUUAGUUAUUUAAAUUAAAACAAUGUUAAUCUGUUUUGUUAUAAAAUUAUUAUAAAUAAUUAUAUUAUUUUCAUGUUAAAAAUAAAAUGAAAUAUAUGUUUUUAUCAUA